CUUUACUGCAUUACAUGAAGAUGUAAGCAAUAUCACAGGCUGGGCUAUUUCCUGAGGUCAUGUGUCAGUUUUGCAAAGGGAUAAAAGUUCAUAUAACGCUACUGCGCAAUCGAUGGGAUGGAUAGUUUUUCUUCCAACUGCCCAGUAACUUUCAGUGUGCUCAACUUUUUUUUUUUUUUUUUUUUGUUCUGAGGCGAUUGAUUGCGGCAAGGAGCCAGCUUCCAGUCUUCCUGUGCGACGGCGACGUCUUCCGAUAGAAGAUAACAGUUCUGCAGCUUCAAAGGUAUUGGUCAUUUGAAAUGGAUUUCAGCUUUCAGGGGGCAGGCAUGGGUAAACAGAUGACUGGUGGUCUCCUCCUCAGGAGAGGCGUGGGCAAAAACCUCGUCACCGUCCACGCGCGAAGACGGAAUUCCGCUGUGCAAAAAGCGGUUAUUUAGUCCCCGGGCUGAAGAGAGAAGUAGACUGAACGGAAGGCGCCGGUCGUUCUAUCAGACGAGUACGAGUACAUUGCUACUUGGUCUCCUCCUCAGGAGAGGCAUCACUGUCCACGCGCAAAGACGGAGUACCGCUGUGCAAAAAGCUGUUAUGUAGUCCCAUGCUGAUGAGAGAAGUAGACCGAACCGAGGGCGCCGGUCGCUCUAUCAGACGAAUACGAGUGCAUUGCUACUUGGUCUCCUCCUCAGGAGAGGCACGGGCAAAGCUCAUCAUUCAUUGCCCAUGCACAACGACGGAGUAUCACUGGGCACAAAGCAGUUAUGCGAGUUCCCGGGCGGAAGAGAGACGUUGGCCUUAGGCGCCAGUCGUUCUAUGAGGAGGACAUUAUUUGCUACUUCAAGCAUGUCGAAGAAUGCUCAAGCUUUUCAAAAUGUAGCCUUCCAUGUUUCGGCAGAUGCAUGAGGACAAACACUUCGAGGACCGUGAGAGCUAUUUUCUGUGCUACGGAGAGCAACUUCUGAGCUUCAGCCAAGAGAUAACAGAUGUGCUACCCAAAAGGGGAAAAAAAAAAAAAAAAGCACAGAUCUGCCGUCGGGACGAGGACAGUGAGCGCAGUGAGACACCAGCUGUGUGUGUAAAGAUAACCCUUGUCCGGCAUCUUAAGCGGGAAUCCCCGACUUCGGUGAGGGUUACGACGGCCAAUCCACGCUUCACCACAUCGCGAUGAAGAUAUGUCAACGCUUCACCGCAGCGUGAUGAAGAUGCUACCUCCGAAUUGGCCAAUGCACUCUUCACCGCAGCGCGAUGAAGAUAUGUCGACGUGAAGUCUGGCCUCAGUCAUACAAGACCUGCUCCUUCAAAGGCAGCAGAGAGCAGUGGCUAAGAGUGGACUAUAUGUAGAGCGUCGAAGAUAUUGAUGUGAAAAAAAAAAAAAAAAGAUGUCGAUGCAGAGCGAUGAAUGCGAAGUCAGAGAUAUGUGGAUGUGAAGUAUCGUCAUCUCGCACAAAACCACCUGCCUUCGCACAUGCGACAGAGACGAGCUGUUAUUAUGCAAACAAUCAGAGACCGGUCAGCAAAUCUGUGCAUCCUUUCGUCUUGUGAGUGACAGGCAAACGGCGGUGCCUCGGAGGAAGCAGCUUUGUCUUGCGAGCAGAAAUUUUUUUCUCCGUGAUUCCGUGAGCAUGGCACAUGGGGACUACGCUGCCGUGCAGAGUUUGUCGAGAGGGGUGCAAGCAUCAAAUGCAGCUGUCUAUGCAACUUGUCACGUCUUGCGAGCAGAAAGUUUUUUCUCCGCGAUUCCGUGAGCAUGGCACAUGGGGACUAUGCCGCCGCGCAGAGUUUGUCGAGAAGGGGUGCAAGCGUCGAAUGCAGCUGUCUAUGCAGCUUGUCGUCUUGCGAGCAGAAAUUUUUUUCUCCGUGAUUCUGUGAGCAUGGCACAGGGGAACCAUGCUGCCGUGCAGAGUUUGUCGAGAGGGGUGCAAGCAUCGAAUGCAGCUGUCCAUGCAGCUUGUCGUUUUGCGAGCAGAAUUUUUUCCUCUCUCGUUCCGUCCAACACGGUUGAGUGCACACACGAAUUGUGUGAGGGAGAUUCCGCGGAUGCUUCUCAAUCAGGGUAUUCUUGAGUUGUGAGACGGUAGGUUAGCCGACAGCGCUGCAAAUAGUAAGCUAUUUCCAGCCAUGAAUGUGGUCCCCGUUCGAGUCCAAAUGCAUGCAGGGAAGGCCUAGGACGGUGCGUAUGGGGUAAGGCAUCUGCAUGUGUCUUCUGUUCUCUUUAAGGAAACUUUGGAAGAGUAUCUUGAGGGCCAUGGAGCGGGGCAAACAGGCAGCUCGGUCGGCCGGCAGUUUAAGGUGGGGGGAAAGCGAGGGAUGGACAGGGCAGCUGGUCAACCGCCACGGCCCUGGGAGUAGCACUCUGCUGUGCGGCAAUCAGGCAGCUCAGUCGGGGGGUAGUUGUGGGUUGGGGAGGGAACGAAUGGGCAGGGAAGGUGCGCACCCAUUUCCCAGGGAACAGUACCAUGCAGCUUUGUGUCCUGUUUCUUCCGUCUAUAUAAGUCAAAUGGUUUAGGACAAAUCCGACAAAAUGAAAGGCGAAACGCCAUAUGAUGGGACGCUCAUGCUGAUGAGACUGAUCCAUGGAUGUGGUGCAGAUACGAUGUUGUUGAGUUGAUACAAAACAUGAACUUGAGAUAGUUGUGCUUCCCCCCCCAAAAAAAAAAAAGAUAAAAGUUCUCCUAACAG